AUGCUACCCCCCAUGACACCAAAUGGACGUGACGCGAAGGACCUGACCAGGGAUGAAUUGUCCAACGAAGUCGUCGAAACUCUAUACGACAUCAUAUACCAGGCGCAUCAUUCGCAGGAUAAGACGUCACGCGCCCUCUUUGACGCAUGUGACAAACAUGUCGAGGACAACCACCUAGAACCCAGGGAUAGCGCUAUCCUAUACCGCUUUCUAGCCCACCUACAGCACGAGGACCGAGAGGGGGAGGAUCUCCUAAGUCGUUUCCAGCGCAUGCUCCGAGACUAUUUUGACAUCACUGUGGGGUAUGGCGACGAGGGCGACGACAUUGAACCCGCAGCUGGGCUCGAUGCGACGCAGAGAGAAACGCAGGCAGGGCCGGGACGGUUGCCGAGGACAACAAGUUUCGAUUCAUUCCUCGAUGUGACUGCUGACAAGGUUGCUGGGACUGACCAUGGUGGCCUUGCUCUACGCCCCAAUAGACAACCUCAGCAACACGCUCCGAACGGCCAUGGCGGCAGACCUAACAGGCAGCGUGCUACGUCAGACACAGAGGCGCAUUCGUAUCACCAAGCUGGACUUCCCAUUCGCAAUAGAGUGAAUGGAAUUGCGCCUCAACAGGCUAAUUCGGGUCCACAACGACCCCCUCACAAGCGUAGCGCUUCUGCUUCGAGUCGUGGCAGUUUGCAGAUUAGAAGAGGUGGACCGCUGACGUACAAGCCCACUGACGAUACGGACCAAGACAGUUCCACCGACCACACCACCAGUCUCGAUCUUUCCAAUAUCCAAAUACCUGGGGUGAAUGCGCCAAUACCUAAUGAACCUUACCAACCUGCGCGCCGAAAAUCCCAACCGCAGCGACCAUAUGUCUUCGAGCCGUUCAGACCCUCCGAUACGCAAUUGUUGGACAAUGCGGAAACCCUUGAACGACAGCGACUUCAUCGGGUGACGAGAGAAUGCAUAUGGACAUGGCGCCGUCGGACCCAAGAUCGUUUGAACAUGCGAGAGGAUAUGGAAAGGGCUGCUGCAGCAUUUGAACGUCGCACCCUGCUCAAAGCCUCUCUUUUGCAGCUGCGGGACACUGCGCUUGUAAGGCGAUCCAGCCGAGAAACAAAUCGCUUUUUUGAACGACUAGAAGCCAGAGCAGAUAAGGCUCGUAGUUUAUUUCUGCUCACAAAGGCCUUUACACACUGGGCGAAAUGUGCCGAAGAGGAGGUCCAGCGCACGUCGGUUGCGCGCCGGCACAUUCUGCGCACAAAGUUCUUCAAUGGAUGGCGCGAAAUCACAGCAGUCAACGAGCUCAAGAUUCAGCAUUUCGCUUUGGCGAAAUUCCUUUCCAUAUGGCGCGCACGCACCGCUGCGAUACGAGGCACUGAGCAACUCGCGGUUUCGUACAACGAAGACAAGAUCGUCCGGCGAACAUGGGAUACCUUGGUCAAAGAGUACCUUAGUAGAGGUGCAUCAAACUGGCACGACACACAAAUAGCCAGGACUACGUUGUUGAAAUGGCGUGAGAUAACUGAGAUUAUGAAAGAGAGAGAAACAUGGGCUACUGAUCGACGGGAUGGAAUAGUACUGCGGAGGACGUUCAAAGCGUGGCAGCAGAAAUCGGAUACUGCUCAAGCCCUGCAAUCUCAAGCAGAUGACUUCCGGAAAGCCAGCCUGCUUCGAACGGCUUUUCAUACGAUGCAGAAACAAGCACAGCUCGAACCCAAACUUCGCCAAUUCCAGACACAUGUCAAUACUCGCUUGCUUCGCUCGACUUUCGAGAAUUGGCGUAAAGAUGCUAAAUUAUCACGCCGAGCUCGCAUCAUUGAUCGCAUGCGACUUCUGCGUAAUGCCUACACGACCUGGAAUGACAAACUGCGUAUCAAGGCACUUGAAGAGCGUAUCAACGACCGCAUUCUCGUCGAAUGUUUGUACAAGUGGACUCUUGCGUCUCGAGUAUCCCUUUUUCAGCGUGUUCACGAUCGACAAAUCAAGAAGACAGUUUUCUUAUCUUGGGUCACAAAGACAAAUCAGCGUGCCAACACUCUCGACGCUGCUGAGAGGCGAUUCGCUCAGUUCAAGCGUGCCCAGCUGUUGCGGACAAGCUUGCGCAAGAUGGAAGCUAUUACUACAGAGAGAAGAGCUGAACAGUUUGCUGUAACAGCCGAGUAUCAACAAAGGUUGAAAGAACGCAUCUUUGCCAAACUCAAAGAAAGACAAGCGCAUUUCCAGCAGUUGAACCAAUGGUCGGCAGAUGCACACUACUACGUACUUUGUAAACAUACCCUGAAGAUUUGGAGCGAAGCUACGCAACUUGCACGUCGCAACCGCCGACGCGACACAUACUCUCAGGUCCGUAGAACGGUAAAGACUAAUCUCGUGCGAAGGGUGUUUGGACAUUGGAGAGACAAAGCAAGCCAUAUUGUAGGACUGAACCAAAGAGCAAAUGACAUGCUGGAGAACCGCACCAUACAAGCCAGUGCAGAAAUCAUUCAUCGAUGGCACGACCGCACGCUUAUCCUUCGCCAACAAGAUGCUCAGGCCACCAAUCUACAUGCCUUCAGGAUUACCUCCGCUUGCUUGGCCACAUGGUCGCAACGCAUAGAUGACAUUCGCAUGCUAGAGGGUCAAGCCAUUGCUCUCCGACAAGAAAGCACUGAGAUUAUGGCUGCAGGCGCCCUCAAGAAGAUGGGCUGGCGUCUCUGGAACAUCCAGAGACAAGAAGAUAACGCAAAAGCGUUAUUUAACAGAAAUUUUGAAAAGCAUGUCAGAGCUAUGGUUCGCUUUUGGGCGGAGCGUGCUACAGAGCGAUUUGCCGAACGGUCUGCAAGCCCGACGCCUAACAAACCGAGAGCGCGGAGAGCCGAUGACAGAGACCGUGGUGAUAGCAGGGGAGGUGGCGACGAUGCGGUCAGCACUGAGGGCAACAGAAGUCAUGGGAAACAGGGGGAUUUGGGGCCGUCUGGUGACGAAACCCAGUAUCUGGAGGCUUGGACGGCUUUUGACCAGGAUGCUUUGGAUCUGAACAAAGACCUUGAUCUCUCUCUUUCUCUCACACCAGAACAGCCUCCACGACACCCCAUCCUCACACCUAAUCCAUACACCCAGGCGCCUACACCAUCUUCUACGCGUCCACUAAAUUCCAUACUCCGCCGCCCAAACACGUACCCGCAACUGGAGCCAGUCCUGCGUCCUCCACCCGCAACCAUCAUCGAGGACGACGAGUCAGAUCUCGAUUUCGGAGACGGGCCCCAAUCAACUUUCUGGACAGGGACUCCCAUGCCACCAACAGCAAGCAAGCCCGGAUACCUGAAAACACCCUCAAAACGCAGUCUAGCCCGUGCCAAGCAUCCUGAACUUCCUGCUAGUCCCGAGAAGCAGCCUGUCUUCAGUCCUGUAAGGCGACCUUUGGCGUCAAUACUCGAACGAGAAAGAACCUCACGGUUAGGCACUAUGAGUGCUCCGCCUGUGCAGAGCUCAAGACCCACUAGUUUCGGCGGCAUAGGCGGCGUUACGAGUUUUGAAAGGAGGUUGAGAGAAGGCGGGUUUGGGGGCAGCGUCGCUGCUGGUAGUAGUAGUGCAGCGCGAGGGGGCAGGGUAAGAGGUGGUGCAAGACCUAGAGUGGGAUUUGGAAAUGUUAGUCAGAUGGGUUGA